AUGCAAGCAGACACCUUCAGCACUCUUGGAAACAUCCAAAGGCGAACCUCGUCAUCCAUCGUAUCCACAUUACUUGACCUUCAAGAGCACGGGAUAUUUGACGAACGGACUUCGGAUUGGAUCGAGAACUUGGAGAUUAUUUACCCCGGCUCCUCUUGCCAACGCCGUAAGCGGCGCUGGAAUGGUGAAAUAGUAUGCGACAAUGAUGAAAAGAAAAGGCUCCGGAGAGCACAUGUCAAUGCACACGGUCAGAGGAAAUAUGUCGCUGUAUCUUAUACCUGGAAACCCCUUUCGACCCAGCUAUCCUCCCAUGGAUCUUAUCUGGUAGAAUCUCGGGACGGGAGAUACCCGCGUGUUAGUCAAGUCCGAGAUCAGGUGUUUAAUAGGGUUAUCGCAUAUGUCAAUUACCUCAAAGAUACGGAGCCAUUGGUCUGGGGCUUCUGGAUCGAUCAGGAAUGCAUUGACCAAAAGAACGAAGCGAAAAAGCAGCGUGCGAUUCAAUCCAUGGAGCAUGUAUACGCAAAGAGUGCCUUUCCAGUGGCGUUGCUGUCGGUGCGGAUCCAAUCAGAAGACCAUCUAGAAGACUUGGUAUAUCUCCUUAAGAGAGAAAGCCCGCCGAGAAACCGAGAGAGAGGUCGGGUCACUAGAAUUCUCAACCUUUUGGAUUAUAUUACGUCAGAUCCAUGGUGGAAAAGAGCAUGGACUUUCCAGGAAGACUAUUGCUCGUCAGUGAGAAUGUGCCUUUUGAUUCCAUAUUCUUCCGCCUUGCAGGACUGUAAAAGGAAACACUGUGAAAUAUUUGGGGAUUUGGAUGGAGAGCUUUGCAUCACAUCAGCCGACUUUCGCUCUCAAGCGACCGAAUUUUGCAUGGAUUAUGGACAGGAUCGACGAUACAAAACCAGGUGCGAGGGAAUCCUAGACCGCGCAGCAAAAUACAAUGUCCAGCUUCUAGAGCGUGGUAACGAUGGACAACCCACAGUAAGGCGGUCCAUGUCUCCACUAAUAUUCUCAAAUGUCGGAAAGCGAAAGAUCACAUGUGAGUCGGAUCGUCUGGCAGUGAUUGCCAACUGCUUAGGCUACUCUGUUCGAUUGAAUACCAAAACGAUGGACCAAAAAAAUUGCAGUUUGAGCAUUGCGAUGCUGGCCUUAUUCAUACUGAACGGGGAAAUUCUCAUGAAUGGCCCUGAUAACCCUCGAGACGCAGUUCGAAGUACUAUAUUCGAGUACUUGACGGAUCGGUCUCUUCACAACUUUCAGAUACCUGAUAUCAAUCAAAAGCUUACCUUUAUCAAAAAUUGUCGUUUCCCCGAGGUCCACUUAUCGGAAGAAGGUAUUCUAACGUCUGGCCACCUCUGGCGCUUGGGCAAGAUAGUCAGGGACCCUAGGACAACGAGGGAACCACAUAAAGGCCAGGGCUAUGAAUUGAACAGCUACCAAAGAAUGCGUCUGAAGCAGCUCGCUAGACAUUUAGAAUCAGGGGCUUGUGGACGUCGCUAUAAACAUAUUGCAAGCGCUAUCGAUGAAUACCUCGAGAAAGACAAAACGUGCGGCAAGGCUAUCGCAUUUGCGAAAUACUACAAGGAUCUCAUGGCAGAGGAAGUUGUCAAGGCAAUGGAUGACCGGCCCUCAGAUCGUCUUCGGCUGGGCUCAUUAAUCCCUGCAGAAGGCCGCUCUGGUACUAAUCCAUACUGUGGAGUUUUCGCCAGAGAGUCGGGUAAUCCGUGGGCAAAAGAACAAGCGUAUAUUUUCACUGCAGUACGUUCGCCUGAGACGAGUCCAGACGGCAUCGAAAAGCAUGUCUCUCUAGAGGUUGAGUUGCUGAGCUCGCCAAGAAACGGCCCCAAACGGCUGAUUAUCCAACGGUGGAUUAACGGAUUGUUCUUUUUUGAUGCAGCCCCGAGGAUCGAUGUUGUCUUUCCUUGGCCAAAAUCUCUCCUGGGUUAA